AUGGUUCUGGCGCGUUGUCUCGGUACCGUGAUGGCGUAUAACGGGGAUGAGAGGAACCCGAACCACUGGUGGAGAUUAGAGGAGGUGUCUCCGUCAGCAGUGUACUACGUGGGACCUUGGGAGUUCAUCCGGAAUCGCAGGAGCGGCAAGAUGCUGCAGCACUCGCAUCAGCAGCAGCCGUUGACGGAUUCCGUCAAGUCUGGCAGCUCCGUCACUACUACCAGCACUUUUCAGUCCAACUCCGUCCAAGCGGUAGAUCUGAUCCCCGGCGACGUCACCCAGCAGUGGCGGCGUGUUGCCGUGUCAGAGGGCUACACGUGUCUCCAGAACCGCUCCUCCGGCUCUCUGCUCACCACCGGCAUGACGACUCUUGACUCGCCUCAACAGCCCCCUCGGCUCACCGCGAUCAUCAGCACUGGCAGUGCUACUAGUGGGACGAAAACAUACAAUAACGCUGCUGCGUCACUGGCAGCAGCAGUGGCAGUGGAAGUGCCAAUGGAAGCACAGGCGAGGGACAACGAGGUGACUCGCGAGGGCAACCAGUGGCUUCUGGCGGAGGUCAACGGCUUGGAGAUCUUCACGCUGCAGAGCCGCCAGGGGGGAGCGUUUCUUGAGAACACGUGCGGGGCGACGGUGCGAGGAAGUUUCGGGGCGGUGGAGACGAGCACGUGCUGCCAGUGGGCUGCCAUUCGUGCGGAUGACGUGGCGAGAUCCACGACUGAGCUUCUUGAGGCGCCUAAAAAAUCCAUUCCGGAGCUUGCACUUGGUAAAUCCACACCCCUGCCGCCCGUGCCGCCACUCUUGCUGCCAGUCUCGCUGACAGACGACUCGACACCUGCCACACCGACAACGCCCAUCAAACUCGAACCCUCAUCAACAUCACCAUCAGCAGAAUCUGGCCUGUCCCAGCCGCCACAUGUGAUGCCGAAACUCCUGUCUAAUCCGACAAAGAGGGCGGUUGAAGGGGGGAUAGAGUUCGCGGACAAGGGGAUUGACGGGGCGACUGAAGCGGAGCGUUACUCCACCACGGCUCUACCCGUGCUCCUCCCCUGGAGCUAUCUCCGUAACCGCGUCACCGGCAUGGCUCUUGCGGCGCAUGCGAGUGGCAGCGUGGAGGCGCGGGAGUUUGAAGGCGGCAGCCUGCAGCAGCAGUGGCGCGCUGUGGGUGUGGGCGUGGUGGCAGCAGCACCAGCCGUGUCUUACUUCUUCCUCCAGAACCGCGCCUCUGGGUUUGUUCUGAGCCACUCCUGGUGGGGCAGCCACGUGGCAGCUAGUGACUGCCACGUGGCAGGGAAGUACAGCCAAUGGGAGCUGAGAGGUGCGUGUGGAGGGUUCUGGGCGAUCAAGAACCGGGGCAGCGGGAAGGUUCUUGAUCAUUUCUUUGGGAUAAGCAUUCAGGCUUAUAGUGAGGAUGAGCUGCAGUACCAGCACCACUGGACCAUCACCCCUGCAGGGACCACUGGUGGGAAGGCGCACUGGGAGCAGGAGGAGGAGGAGAGCGGUGACAAGUGGUGCAAAGCGGUGCAGAGUGGUGGUGAGGGGUCUGCGAGCCUUGCUCUCGUGGUGGACCGGCCGUGGAGCUACGUGUUUAACCGGGACAGUGGGAAGGCGCUAGCUGUGUGUGAGGAGAGCAUAGAGGCUGUGGAUUAUGAGUGGGGAGCCUUGGAGCAGCAGUGGCGCGCAGUGAAGACGGAAAAGGGUUACCAUGUGUUACAGAAUCGAGCAUCCGGGCUGGUUCUGGAUCAUUACAGCGGGCGGCGGAUCGGCGCGUAUGAUAACGAUUUCAGCAGCGAGUAUCACAAAUGGCAGCUGAGAGACAUAGAGGGAGGCGUGUACGUUGUAGUGAAGAACAAGAAAACGGGUAUGGUAUUGGAUCAUUACUAUUGGGAGCGGUUGGAAGCGGUGGGAGGAGAUGAGAAGAACAAGGCGCAGCACUGGAGGGUGGUGCCAGCCAGGCAGAUGGCCCGAGAGGGCAUGGGUCCCCAGCCUUCCCCUGAGACUGAAACGGUGGUUGGAGAUUUGAUUUCCCUCUGGGAGAGAGACAGUGUGCCGAAAGGGGAGCUGAAGGGGGUGUAUUUGGUGGAGGGCGGCAAGCCUCGUCACGGCAUUCGGGUGGUGAAGUCGGGGUUUCGUCGCAGCCGUCAGAUCCACCUGCUGCAAGUGAGCAUCCAAGGGCUUGCAUACGCGAGUGUGGCUGUGCCGGCUGGCGUGGAGGUGGGGAGGGGGAGGAUCCGGGCGGCGCUGAGGAGGAGUGCAGAGGGGGGAGGAGAGGUGGUGGUGGUUGACUCGCUUGACCUGCUGAGGGUUCCCGAGGUGGAUGGGCCGUUGGUUAACCUUGUGGUCUUCGUGGGUGUAGCUGCGGAUCAGGCCUUCCGCUACGCGCUCACGCUGCUGAGGCGCAGCGACACCAUCUACGUGCUGCACGUGCUGGACCCGCGCACACUAUCAGCGUGGCGGGCGGAGGCCCAGCAGGCGGGGGCGGGAAGCAGCAGCAGCGGCGGCGGCGGCGAGGUGCAGGCAGCCAUAGACGCACGUGUGGAUGCUCUGCUGCACCGCUACCGCAAGCUGGCGCACGGCAAGGGGGUGAUCUGCCACGGGGUGUCGCGCAAGGCGAGUGAUCGGCGGCAGGAGAUAUGCGAGGCGGUGGUGAGGCAGGACAUAGAGCUGCUCGUCGUGGGCACACGACACCUCAGCGCUGUCGCUAGGGCGGUGAAGGGCAGUGUGAGCGACUAUCUGCUGCACAACUGCACGUGCCCCGUGCUCGUGGUGCCCUGGGAGCACAUGCUCAAGUUCAAAAGCCUCUCCUCCUUCAACGCCCGAUAG